AUGGAUUAUUCACCAUGGAUUAACACUUCCUUGGAUCUCAACAUUAACCCUCCAAGGCCUCAUCUAGAACCUCCGAAAAAUGGAAUGGAAAACGAUUUUUUCUCAUUAGGGAUGAGGAACUUUUCUCCAAAAGAAGAGUCAAGUGGUGCUUUGGUGGAGGAGCUGAAGCGAGUGAGUGCUGAAAACAAGAAGUUAACAGGAAUGUUGACAGAGAUGUGUGAGAAUUACAACAUAUUAAGAAACAACAUGAUGGAAUAUAUGAAGAAGAAUCCUGAAACUAAAGAGGUUAUAAGUUCAUCAAAGAAAAGAAAAUCUGAUGAAAUAAGCACUAGUAACAACAAUCUAAUAGGAGUUAAUGGAAACAACUCUGAGAGUAGUUCAAGCGAUGAAGAUCCAUCAUGCAAGAAACCAAGAGAAUUAGAAACUUGCAUUAAGGCUAAAGUUUCAAGAGUUUAUUUCAAGACAGAAGCUUCUGAUUCAAGCCUUAUCGUGAAAGAUGGAUAUCAAUGGAGAAAAUAUGGACAAAAGGUGACAAGAGAUAACCCUUCACCAAGAGCCUAUUUCAAAUGUUCUUUUGCUCCAAGCUGCACAGUGAAGAAGAAAGUGCAAAGAAGCGUCGAUGAUCCAUCGGUUACAGUUGCAACAUAUGAAGGAGAGCACAACCAUCCUCAUCCUUCUCAGAUCGAGCCGACAAACAACCGUUGUAGGAAUCAGAUGAAUUCAUCAGUAGCACCUUCUUCUGCUGCUGCACCAAGUACAGUUACACUUGACUGGACCAAAAAGCCGAAGUGUAGCAAUGAUUUUUCUCCUAAGAAUAUGACGAUAAAUAGUACUCCCAAAAUGGAAAUACCUCAGAUUUUGGUGGAACAAAUGGCUUCUUCGUUGACCAAGGAUGUUAAGUUUAGAGCAGCACUUGCAGCAGCUAUAUCGGGACAAAUGCUGCACCAGAAUUAA